GCACAACGGGAACAUCUUGCUGGACGCGGACGGACACAUCAUCCACAUCGAUUUUGGGUUCAUCCUCUCCAGCUCCCCCAGGAAUCUCGGCUUCGAGACGUCCGCCUUCAAACUCACCACGGAGUUUGUGGACGUGAUGGGGGGCCUGGACGGGGACAUGUUCAACUACUACAAGAUGCUGAUGCUGCAGGGGCUCAUCGCCGCCCGCAAGCACAUGGAUAAAGUUGUGCAGAUCGUCGAGAUCAUGCAGCAAGGGUCACAGCUCCCCUGUUUCCACGGCUCCUCCACCAUCCGCAACCUGAAGGAGCGUUUCCACAUGAACAUGACGGAGGAGCAGCUCCAGCUGCUGAUCGAGCAGAUGGUGGACGGCAGCAUGCGCUCCAUCACCACCAAACUCUACGACGGCUUCCAGUACCUCA